UCAAAGCGGGGACAGGUGCCCCUGCGAGCGGGCGCGCGCGCGUUCUCGGGCGCGCGGGAAACGGGGUGCGCGCUAUGGAGCAGCGGUUAGCUGAGUUCCGGGAGGUCCGGAAGCGAGCCGGGCUGGCGGCCGAACCCAGCACUUCGAGCCAGCGUGCACAAACCUCGGGAGAGAAGGCGGAAGCAGCUGCGACUCCAAAGGCAGCCCCAGGCUGGCUAAAACGGUUCCUGGUGUGGAAACUGAGGCCCGCGAGUGCCCAGGCCCAGCCCAACCUCGCUCAGGGAGCGGUUCGGCCUGGGGGCCGCGCGUCACAGCCACCGGGGAAUCCAGCCGAGCCUCCGCCGGCCCCGCCCCCGCAGGACCAGUCUCGCCUGAUCACCUUCUUGAAGGUGCUCCUCUGGUUGGUCCUGCUGGGACUGUUUGUGCAACUGGAAUUUGGCCUGGCUUAUUUUGUCCUGUCCCUCUUCUACUGGAUGUAUGUGGGGACACGAGGCCCCGAGGAGAAGACGGAGGGGGAGAAGAGCGCGUACUCCGUGUUCAACCCCGGCUGCGAGGCCAUCCAGGGUACCUUGACUGCCGAGCAGCUGGAACGCGAGCUGCACUUGGGACCCCUGCAGGGGAGGUAGGACCAGCCCUGCUGUCGGCUGGCCUCCCAAGGUCCUUUCACCCCUGGGGCACUGACUUGUGGGUUUGACUAAGGACAGCUUGCGGGUCAGUUCUGUGACCCCGCAAUUCCACACUCUUUCCCCGAUCUCCUGCUGCAGUUUUAUAUCAGAACUUCUUUUUGGUUUUGGUGAAACUCCCAGGAAGACACUCACUGUGGGUCUGAUGCAAUUUAUAAAAAUUACACGCUUAAAAAAGGAGACCUGUUUGUCUCUUUAUUUGAGAGAGGUGAUUUUUAGACCACUAAGAGGGCAUUGGGGAGAUAACUGUUUAAAAUAUCCAGCUGUUUGUAGUAAUCGUUUGGUACAUCAAGACUGUAUAAAGUAAAUAGUCUCUUUAAAUCUUUUUUUAAUUAAUUUAUUUUUCAUUGACGUAUAGUUGAUUUAUAAUGUUGUGUUAGUUUCAGGUGUUCAACAAAAUGUUUCAGAUAUAUAUUCUUUUUCAGAUUUGUUUCCCAUAUAGGUUAUUAUAAAAUAUUGAGUAUAGUUCCCUGUACUACACAGUAGGUCCUUGUUGUUUAUCUAUUUUAUAUAUAGUAGUAUGUAUCUG